AUGGAAGUCUCAGUGAUAUCAACAGAGAACAUCAAGCCAGCAUGGUCAGCAGGGAGUGAGCAUGAAUUCAAACCAUAUAAACUAUCCCUACUUGACCAGCUCAUGUUCUCCACUCAUUCUCCUAUCAUUCUCUUCUACCCCAUGAAGGAUGGCAAUGACCAGAAAUCGAUAGCUAGACGCCUGAAAUCCUCCUUGUCAAAGACCUUGAAUCGCUACUAUCCUAUAGCUGGGAGAGUGAAAGACAACCUCAUCAUCCACGACUUCGAACGGGGCGUCCCCUUCACCGAAGCACGAGUGAAGGGACACCGUCUGUCCGAUCUCCUGUCCUCGCCGCAUGGAGGGCCCAGGUUGGAAUUCCUGAACAAUAUGCUUCCGUUCGAGCCAUUUUGUUACCACGAGGAUGCAACCGAAUUUGCACAGCUGGAUGUGCAACUCAACACAUUUGACUGUGGUGGGAUCGCAAUCGGGUUGAACAUGCACCACAAGCUCAUGGACGGGGCGACCGCCAGUGCAUUCUUCCACACUUGGGCUGCCAAUUGCAACGGCAGCAGUACUCCGUCUGCAUGGCUGGAAAGACAGCCGGAGCUGUGUAAAUCGUCGUCCGUUUUCCAUCCACGCGAAUCAAUCGCUCUGGAGUACCACUCGUUUAUGAAAGACAUGUACUUUCAGGAUGUUCAUCGCCGAAGACAGAAGGGAGUGUCCAGGAGAUUCGUGUUUGAUAACGAAGCAAUAGCCACGCUGAGAACAAUGGCGAGGAGCAGCAGGGUUGUGGAUCCAACUCGCCUUGAAGCUCUGUCUGCUUUCAUAUGGGAAUCCGCCCUCAAGGCUGUUUCCGCGGCUGGUCGGCCGCCGCAGCAGCUGCAGUGUUUCUCACAGGCUGUUAAUCUGAGGCCGCUAAUGAGCUCACGCUUGUCGAGAUACUCCAUUGGAAACCUUGUGACCAACACAAUGACAUCCUGCAAGAAUGGAAACAAGCCGAUGAAGGAGCUGGUGGGUCUCAUAAGAGAGGGAGUCGAGAGAAUCGAUGAGAAGUACGUGGACAACUUUUACAACAGUGAUGAAGACAGGUACAUGGCCAAGCUUGAGCGCCAUAAGGCAGUGGGAGGGAUUAGUGGAGGAGGAUGUGGUGGGCAAGUUUUGACUUGCUCAAGUUGGAUUGGGUUCGGUUCAAACAACUUUGACUUCGGUUGGGGGAAGCCGGUCCGGUCCGGUUUAUUUGGAGACCCUAGCGGAAAUCAUCCUUGUAUCAACAACUGCAUUGUUUUCAAGGAAGUAGCUCCAAGAGGGCGUGGGAACUCGAAAGCCAUAGAGGCAUGGAUAAGGUUAGAUGAAGAUGUCAUGGCUUUUCUUGAACAUGAUCCUCACUUCUUUCAAUAUGCUUCCCCAAAUCCACCCAUCAUCCUCAACUAA